CACAAUUUGUUUAUUAUACAAAAUUAUUAAGUGUAAAUCCGUGGAAUGCACACCAAAACGAAACGUUUGGUCGUUCGCGAGUGGACAUCGAAGGGCGCAGAUAAAAAGCGUGAAAAUAUCCGGGCCACCGUUCUCUUCGAAAUUCCGUGAAAUACAAUUUUCUGAAAAAACUUCGUGUACGGCCGUCGGUCGUACCUGGUAAACCGAUUCUUCCGAUGUUCGAAUGAGCUCGUUCUCGCUGCGAAAGGUGCACGAGGACAUAACCUGUGUAUCCGGCGAGAAGGUGGCUGCGAACGAGAGAAUUAUAAAUGGAGCGGCGAAAGAGCAAAACAUCUUAGAAUGACCAAAAGGAGGUUAUGUCAGGGAGGAGUUUUUCAACACGUGGCGAGGACGCUGCUUCUUCGAGGCAAAGGUCCACCUCGAAGCAUGGCAACAGAUCGUCCUCGGACAGUGAGCUAGCGCAGGGGAGAAGCAAAGGGCGGAGGACGAAAUCGAGGGAGAAAUGGCCGCUUUUGGACGGGCUGACGGUCGACGAAUUGGCACGUUACCGACGCAGGAGGGUUCAAGGUCAGCCGAAAGACAAUCUCGGACUUCACCCGGAAUCGGAGGACAGGCCGCUCGUCGAGCCUGAGAAAACCAUCGGUCCGAGUAACGAGGAUUCGUCCAAGGAAAAUGUCUGGCCAGAAGGAAGCGAACGGGUCGACGAUGUUCAGUCGAAGGAUUUAUUAGACGAAGGCGCGGAAGCCUCGGAUCGGGAAGAGAUCGACGACCGAAAGAAGGCGGACACGGUGCCGGAAACGACACGCGAGGAAUCUGUGAUCGCUUUGUCGCGUACCAACGAGGAUGAGACGAUGGAGACCCAAACCGAAAGCUCCAAGUACGUCAGCCAUUUUGGAGCACCUAAACGACGACCGUCUCCGAUCAGAAGGGGCACCACUUUGAAAAGGGAUGGACAGUUUUACACGGACACGGAAACGUAUUCGUCGUACGUGGCCUACGCCGGUCAGCACAGGCCGGAACUGGCCCGAAGAGCGACGUCGUUGAGGAUGGAGGGCGAUCUGCAGACGACCACCGAGAAAUGCGAGAAAUUCGUACAGUGGUUGAACGUCAGCCGUCCGGGACUUAUGCGCGUGCCCACGCAUCUGAAGCUCGAGGGUGAGAUCGAAACGACCACCGAAAACCACGAGAAAUAUGUGCCGUUCGUCGGUGUGCGUAGACCGGAACUGCUCAGACAGCAUACGAACCUGAAGUUGGAAGGCGAAUCGAACUUUAUGCCGGAGUACACCGAAGUUUUCAAGAGGCACAGCAACAGAGAAAGACCGCAGCCAGUGAAACCGGAAACGCAUCUACGGACAGGAACGGAGUUCUUCAAGAGCACCGAGAACGCGGAGAACUUUAUCAAUCCCCGUGCAAGGGAGGCACAACUGAUGGGCGAAUUGAACAAAGACGUCGAAGAGGAAGAGAAAAAGCGAAGGGAACAGAAGGAGAAGAAAACGGAAGAAGAGAUGAAAAUGUUGGUCUCGAAGUUGGAAGACUUGAAGGGCCCACCGCUCGAAGUUCCCGAGUACAAAGACGCGUACAAGAACUUUCCAAGGGGACGACCGAAGAUUUUAAAACCGGAGGACGAGAUCGGGCGAGCAGACGGCUCGAAGAUCCCUUCAUCGCCUACCAGCAAGUUCUCCACCAAGAUCGAUCAGGAUCCGGAAUACAAAUCCAAGUACUUGGAUUAUCAAAGGGACCACCCUGUGUACCGGAAACCGCCGUUGACUGUACGGUCGACGCUGGUUCCUCAGGAAUUCUGUACGGCCUAUGGGAAACAGGACGCCAGACGGUACGAUUACGAGCUCACCAGCGAGGUGAGAUCGCAAUACGUUCCCUACGGUUGCGUGCCGAAGGUGGAACCGUUGAGGAUGCCGUCCAGUUUGCGUCUGGAGGGAAAUCUCGACCUUGAACCGGAAUACAGAACGGCUUACUGUACGAAACGCGAAAGCCAGUGCGCCAAUCCGAGAAUGCAUCGUAGACGAGAUCAUAGUUUAAGUGCUUCCAGACGGAGAGAGAAUCACUGGAUAAACAAUGUGGAUCAGAUCGAUCACGCGACUACUGUCCAAGAUCGGAACGCUUUCCAAGUGUUGAAAACCCGGAUCCACGAGGACAACGUUUGCGGAAAACCGCCGUCGGGUAGUCGCAGACAUUCGAGGACUUCCCAAAUUCACCUGCAGAAACUGGGCCAGCUAGACGCGCCAGAAUGCAGCAGAUUAAAGGACGAAUCGUCUGGUCCAUCUUAUCGACUUCACGUCUGUAACGUUGACGACGAACCCCAAGGUUUUCGACGUAGACGAUCGCCGUCACUUCAGUCUUCCGGAAGGAUACGCAAUCCUUCACCUGAUCGUGCACUUCCCACUGAUGUUAUCAGACCGUAUUCUCCUAGUUUUGGUAAAAGCACCAAGCAACACAAUAAUGAUCAAUCAUUUGUCGUUUUGGAUAAUGAGAUUUUUGACUCGAACAAGAAUGAGAUACGCAGAAAAAUGACAGAUAGAAAUUAUAAUAUCGAUGGCACGCUUGCCCACUCCAAAGGAAGAAAUAGAGCCACAAGCAAUUGGAUGCCGCCAUGGUAUGAUAGUACAAACACCAUUUAAAGCAAUAUCUGCAUUAUUCGCAUUCUUUACUUGCUAUGAAUAAAAGUAGACUUUACUUGUCGGUGCGAAACGAUAUCAUUUUAGCGUAAACACGGAACAUGUUACAAGUAAUAUAUUUGUUACAAAUUAUUUCUUCCAAGCAAAUAUACUUGCUUACAAUUUGAUGAAAAGAUUAGUGCAGCAUUUUUAAUGCAUACUACUUUUGUUGUACAAGGACAACAUAAAACCUUGUGUAUAAAUAUGUAGAAACUAUAUAAAUUAUAUAUUUUCUUUGUUUGUUGUAUUGUUGAAAAAGUGACUUUAACAAUGGUUUUAUGAUUUUGCGUCGAACCUUGUUACAUUUAAACUAUGUUUAAGAAUUCAAUUAGUAAAAGGAAGCUUUAAGAAAAUGUUAAGUUUAUAAGAUUUAAAAAAUACAUUAUGGAAUUAUACAUAUA